GGGGAUGUUUUGCAUAAAAUAUGAGCUUGUUGGUAAACACGUUCCCUGUGCAGAGGCGCGUCGGGCCCGGGGCUGUGUGGGACAGUAUAAAAGGCAGAGCAAGUGAGGAUCCCUCAUCCAGCUCCCCUGCUUUCUCCUCCUCGGUGACACAGGUUCUCCUCCAGCCCCAGCCAUGUCCUGCUACGACCUGUGCCGGCCCUGCGGCCCCACCCCGCUGGCCAACAGCUGCAACGAGCCCUGUGUGCGGCAGUGCCAGGACUCCCGCGUGGUCAUCCAGCCCUCGCCCGUGGUGGUCACCCUGCCAGGGCCCAUCCUCAGCUCCUUCCCCCAGAACACCGCCGUGGGAUCCUCCACCUCCGCCGCCGUGGGCAGCAUCCUCAGCGAGGAGGGAGUGCCCAUCAACUCGGGGGGCUUUGGGCUCUCGGGGCUCUCCGGCCUCGGUGGCCGCUACUGCGGCCGCAGGUGCCCGCCCUGCUAGAGCCGGGCCGCACGUCCAGCAAGUGCCUCCCCAGGCCAAGUGUCCCCUGGAGCUGCUGGCCAGCGUUUCCAGAGGCCUCGGGCUCCCUGCAGCCCUCCUGCCAAGGAGGGAGGCAAACGUGGCCACCUGAGGCUUCUGCUUGUCCUGCUUUCCUCCGCACCCCGGGCCAGGCAGACGUGUGUCCCACUGCUGGCCAGGGCUGCCUGCCCGGCCCUGCUGCUGGGCCAGCCUUGCCUGGGCCCUGCCCACCCCUGCUUUGUUUCUGUCUUUACACUCAAUAAAGUUCACUCUGCAUUGGAA